UAUUGAGGAGAGGAAAAUAAAAUAAUUUUACUUUUUUAUGUAAUAUUCUUAAAAACAGACAUGUACUUGAAUGUAGUAGGGUUUUAUUUAUGCAAAACCUUUCACAGUCCCCCCAAAAUGACUUGAAUCUUUUGCAAGGACAUUUGACUAAUUAACUUUAAUAUUAAUUCAGAAAAAUAUAGUUACAUUGAAGAUAAGUGUUGGAAGACAUUGUGUUUGGAUUAUCUUCUAUCCCCAAAGCAUCUUUGAAGUGUUGCUAAUUGGCGCCACCUGUGUUGGAAGCGUGUAAACGCAGCCUGGAAAGUUCAGUCAAACAUGGCUGCUCUAAAGAAAACGCUAAUCGCUGCUGCUGUUGCCGCUGUGGCGGCUUUUUGCGGCCACGCAUUUCUCAAAAUACAGAGGCUGAGUCUUGCCUCCAGAGAAAUGCCUGUCAAGCACCUCAAGUGUCGUUAUUUACCCAAUAUAGAGUAUGGAGCAGAGGAUAUCACUAUCCUUAAAGAUGGACUGGCCUUUUUGAGCACAGGGCUGCAUGAUUACCUUGGAUUGCCGUCGUUCUCCAGUGAACCAGGAAAAAUGUACGUUCUGGAUCUGUUGCACCCGAAACCGACCCCGGUGGAACUGCAAAUCAAAGGAGAACUGGACCUCAGCUCUUUCAACCCGCAUGGGAUUAGUGUAUACACGGACGAAGCAGAUGACUCUAUAUAUCUGUUUGUUGUCAAUCAUCCUCAGCAAAAAAGCCAGGUAGAGAUUUUUCGCUUUGUUGGGGAGGACACACUUGUGCACUUAAAGACUGUUGCACAUCCUUUACUGAUUAGUGUGAACGACAUUGUCGCCGUUGGACCAGAGCAUUUCUAUGCAACAAAUGAUCGUUAUUUUAGUUCUACACUUCAUGUGCUAACUGUCAUCCUGAGUAUGCCCUGGUGUAACGUUGUGUACUACAGUCCUGAGGAAGUGAGGGAGGCAGCUGGUGGCAUUCAGUCAGGAAAUGGGAUAAAUAUAUCUCCGGACAAACGGUAUAUUUAUGUUUCUGAUAUCCUGGACCACGAGGUGGAUGUUUUUGAGCGAUUAGACGGAGAACAGUUGGUCUUCAUUAAGUCUGUUCCAGUUGGAACACUUUGUGAUAAUAUUGAGGUGGACCACAUGACAGGUGACGUCUGGCUGGGCUGUCAUCCAGAUGCCACUAAAUUGUCCAAUUUUGAUCCUAAAGAUCCUCCUGGCUCAGAGAUCAUCAAGAUCAAGAACAUUGUCUCAGAUCAGCCGAUGGUAACCCUGGAGUAUGGAGACGAUGGUCACGAGCUGAUGGGCUCCACCGUUGCUGCACCCUACGAGGGAAAGCUGCUCAUCGGGACAAUCUUUCACAAAGCCCUGCUCUGUGCUUUGAAAUAAACUGCCACUAUUUAUCCCAAAACACAAUUUUCUUAUCUCUCUCGAACAAUAAAACUAUUUUGGUUUGUCAUCGAAGACUAUGAGAAAACAGAAUAGCAUUAUCGCAACUUUUUUUUCCUGGUAUUUACACUUGGACCUGCUACACAUCUAAAAAGAUGUUAUUACUGCAAAUAUCCUACGUUCAUUGCAGCAGUCAAAAACAGGAAUUGAGACUUAAAAUUGGCAGAUAUCAGUAAUAAAUACAGUUCUGCUAUUUUGUUCACACACACUCAACAUGGAAACUUUCUAUAACUCAAUGUCGGUGAAUUUUUAAAAGCAGGAAUAGGAAGCAUUGUUUCAAUCGUGGAUUUUCCGUUUAGUCCCUACAGGGUAGCAGCUGUUAUAUAAACAUCAGGGUUUUUACGCAAUCUGGAAAUGUAUACGUUUAAUCUAUCGAUCAAUAAAACUUUACGUAUCACUUUUCAACAACGCUUUACAAUUUUAUCAUCUAUUGUUUUUAUAUCUACCAAAAUCAACAAAGAAAGCACAUUUACUGAAGAGGCUCUUAUCAGGGUCAGGUUAUUAUGGCUGUUAUUUUAAGCAAUAUAUUUUAAAUUGCACUUUGUCAAUUUGAUAGUUGCCAUUUAUUAGCCAUCAUGGCUCUUCUAAACUCUUACCCUUUUCAUUUUAAAUAUAUGACAAAAUAUUUGUCAUAAUUGUUGUUUUUAGUAAAUUUGUUAAUUUUUUGUGUUAAAUAAAAAUC